CUGUUCAUCUUUGACGGCCUGGAUGAAAGCAGACUUUCCCUGGAUUUCAAGAACAGUGAGGUUGUGUCUGAUGUCACCCAGAAGUCAUCAGUCAACGUGCUGUUGACAAACCUCAUCCAGGGGAAUCUGCUUCCCUCAGCUCUCGUCUGGAUAACUUCCCGACCUGCAGCAGCCAAUCAGAUCCCUCCUGCAUGUGUUGACAGGGUAACAGAAGUACGAGGCUUCACUGACGCCCAGAAGGAGGAGUACUUCAGGAGGAGAGUCAGUGAUGAAGAGCUGUCCAGCAGAAUCAUCUCACACAUCAAGACAUCCAGGAGCCUCCACAUCAUGUGUCUAAUCCCAGUCUUCUGCUGGAUCACUGCUACAGUUCUGGACCACAUGUUGACUACAGACCAGAGAGGAGAGCUGCCCAAGACCCUGACUGACCUGUACUCACACUUCCUGUUGGUUCAGACAAAGAGGAAGAAGCAGAAGUACGGUGAGGGACGUGAGACGAGUCCACAGGAGCUGACGGAGGCUGACGGGGAAGUUCUUCUGAAGCUGGGGAGGCUGGCGUUUGAACAUCUGGAGAAAGGAAACAUCAUGUUCUACCAAGAAGACCUGGAGCGGUGUGGUCUGGAUGUCACAGAGGCCUCGGUGUACUCAGGAGUUUGUACAGAGAUCUUCAAAAGAGAGUGUGUGAUCUUCCAGAAAACAGUCUACUGCUUUGUUCACCUGAGCAUUCAGGAGUUUCUGGCUGCAGUCUACAUGUUCCACUGUUACACAAACAGCAACACAGAGGUACUGAAGGACUUCCUGGGAGAAGAAUAUGUUCAUUCAACCCUGGAUGUCUUCCUGAGGAGAGCCAUGGAGAAAUCCCUUGAAAGUAAAAAUGGCCACCUGGACCUGGUUGUUCGCUUCCUUCAUGGCCUCUCUCUGAAGUCCAACCAGAGACUCUUAGGAGGUCUGCUGGGUCAGACAGACAACAGUCCAGAAAUCAUCCAGAGAGCCAUCAACAACCUGAAGGAGAUGAACAUGUAUGAUACCAAAAUCUCUCCUGACAGAAGCAUCAACAUCUUCCACUGUCUGACGGAGAUGAACGACCACUCGGUACAUCAGGACAUCCAAGAGUUCCUGAAGUCAGAGAACAGAUCAGAGAAGGAGCUCUCUGUGAUCCACUGCUCAGCUCUGGCCUACAUGCUGCAGAUGUCAGAGGAGGUUCUGGAUGAGUUGGACCUGGAGAAGUACAACACAUCAGACGAGGGACGACGGAGACUGAUUCCAGCUGUGAGGAACUGCAGAAAAGCUGUACUUUCUAACUAUGGACUCUCAGAUACUCACUGUGAAGUUGUGGCCUCAGCUCUGAAGUCCAACCCCUCCCAUCUGAGAGAGCUGGACCUGAGUCACAACUACAACCUGCAUGAUUCAGGAGUGAAGCUGCUUUCUGCU